CCGGCGCGAGCGUUGCGUCAGGCGGGGACCCUUAAAAGGGGCGCGGGGCGGCGGCGGCGCGGAGCGGCGGGGGACGAUGCGGGCGAGGAUGAGCGGGGGGCAGCGCUGGGGCCGGGGCCGCGAGGAGCCGGGGCCGCCGAGGAGGGCAUCCAGGAGAAAGUGCGACCUAAUCGACCACCACACCUGAGAGCAGCCCCACACUGGCCCGGAGGUGACAAUGGCAGCCGGGGGGCUGCCCGCGGGAGGGCCUGGCUGGGAGCUGGAGGCUUGGUACCAGGAUCUGCAGGAGGUGCUGGCAGCAGCAGAGCCCGGUGGACCCCCCCCACCCUGGGGGGCCGAGCAGGUGAGCUGAGCGGCUGAGGGCUGUGAGCUGGACGCUGCCCUGGCUGCUGAGCUGCUGGAGCUGCUGGGGCCAGAGAGCGCAGCCCCCCCGGGUCUGCCCAGCUCAGCCCCCAGCAGCAGCCCCCACCCCAGCUGGGCCAAGGAGGAUGAGGUAGGAGCAGGUGCGGGGCGCGGGGCGAAGAGGAAGAGGUGCAGCAGUGCAGCGGCCAGCAGAGAGCUGGCCAAGCGCCGGGAGCGAGCCAAUGAGCAGCGGGUGCUCGAGCUGACGGCCCACAACGAGCAGCUGCGGGAGGAGAUCCGGCAGCUCAGCACCGAGGUGGAGCGCACCCGGGCCGCCCUCAUCAACCGCAUUGUGAACCUCCGCCGGGCAUAGCUGCUCCCCUCCCUGCCCCGGGACGGCCAUGAACUGGAGGGGCACUGCCCCACUUGCACAGACUAAUGCUGUGGGGAGGGUGCCACUUCCAUACGCGACUGUACAGUUUUUGCAUUUUAUUACACACAUGUAACCGCCA